AUGGACGCGUAUCAAGACUUUCUAGAGCCUUCUAGGAUAAGCUGCUGCAUUGGAUGCAAUUUCAUUUCCCCAACCACCAAGCAUUUGAUUGUGGCGAAAAGCUCAUUACUUCAAAUAUUUGAAAUUAUCCUUUUAAAGCAGUCAACUCCUACUAAACCGCAAUACCACUUGAAAUUGAUUGAACAGUUCAAACUACAAGGAACGGUUACGGGAUUGAAAGCGUUACGUACGCCGGAAUGUCCUAAUUUGGAUUAUGUGAUUGUAUCUACAAAAUAUGCAAAAUUUUCCAUAAUCAGAUGGAACCAUCAAGUACAUAGCAUUUCCACUGUUUCAUUGCAUUAUUAUGAAAGCUGCAUACAGCAUUCAACAUUUGAGAAAUUGGCGAUAUCAGAAUUGAUUGUAGAGCCAACCUACAGCUCAGUCUCGUGUCUCCGAUACAAGAAUCUAUUGUGUUUUUUGCCUUUCGAGGGAGUCAAUGAUGAUGAUGAUGAUGAUGAUGAUGAUGAUGAUGAUGAUGAAGACGACACUGACGACGAAGACAUUGAUAACGUGGAAACUAACGGUGAAAAGGAAAUGAAUGGCACAAAAAAAUAUGAAAACCAGUCGUUUUACGACUCAAGUUUUAUAAUUGACGCGGGAAUCCUUGAUUCAUCAAUUGACACUGUUGUUGACGUGCAAUUCCUUUACAACUACCAGGAACCAACCAUUGCUAUAUUGUCAACGAAAUCAAACUCUUGGGCGGGUAAUUUGGUCAAGAAUAGAGACAGUAUUCAACUCCAAGUCAUGACUUUGGACGUGCAGUCCAAAACGACGUUACCCGUUUACAAUAUUGAUAACUUGCCCUAUGACAUUGAUCGCAUAAUACCACUUUCCAAACCAUUAAAUGGGUGCCUUUUGGUUGGGUGUAACGAACUCAUACAUGUGGAUAACGGAGGCAUUGCAAAGCGUAUUGCGGUGAAUUCUUUUACAUCUUUGAUCACAGCAUCAGUGAAAAACUAUCAGGAUGAAGCCGAGUUAAAUUUGAAAUUGGAACACUGCGCCGUUGUACCUAUUCCGAAUGAUCAUCGUGUGUUGAUUGUACUAUCUACAGGUGAAUUUUACUAUUUGAGUUUCGAGCUUGAUGGAAAAACAAUCAAGAAAAUACAUCUCGAACCGGUCGAUGGAAAACUGUACGAGCAUGUUAAAUUGACUCAUCCUGGGCAAGUUGCUGGUCUUGAUAAUGACUUGCUUUUUUUCGCCAAUUUAGGUGGUGACAGUCCAUUAGUAGAAAUCAAGUACACUAACUCAUCAAAGAUUGUUCAGAAGGAAAUAAAGGAGGAGAGUGAGGAAGACUCUGAUGAGGACGACCUUUACAAAGAAGAAGAAGAAGAGCAGGAGCAAAUUAUCAUGAAAAAAUCGCAUAUUGAGUUCAAAGUACAUGAUUUGCUUGCCAAUAACGGCCCUGUAUCAUCAUUCACUCUCGGGUUGUGCUCGAAAGAAAAGUUUAAAUCAAAUUUGCCAAACCCAAAUUAUAAUGAAGUAUCCAUUAUAAGCAGUUCCGGAAGUGCAGAGCAAUCAAAACUCAGUGUUAUUGUCCCCACAAUUCAACCCCAAAUAUCCUCGUCUUUAACCUUUUCACAAGUCAAUCGUAUGUGGAAUUUAAAUCAGAAAUAUCUAAUUACCUCAGAUGACAAGAAUGAGAAAUCUGAAAUCUUCCAAAUUGAAAAGUCAUACAAGAGAAUGAAGUCAAAGGAUUUCGUAAACGAUCAAUUGACCAUAAAUGUUCACGAAUUGAACAAUGGGAAGUACAUUUUGCAGAUCACCCCGAAGCAAAUCAUUCUAUUUGACACCAAAUUCAAAAAGAAAUUGUCACUUACCAAAGAGAUCAAGGAUGAUGAAAUCUUGAGCACUACAUUACGUGAUGAAUUAUUGAUGAUUUUUCUCACCAGUGGUGAUGUUAUGAUUUUUUCAAUCAACACAUACAACGAAUCCUACUCCAAGGUGAAGAUCCCCAAACUUUUAGACGAUACGAUCAUCACUACUGGGUACAUCACCAGCUCACAUUUAUUGAAUGCGGUGCUGAAAAACAUCGACCUCUUGACCAACUCAAGAAAAAGGCGCCACAGUUCUAUUCAAUCUACAGUUCCAUUGAGCACAGAACCACCCAAGUCUACGAAACAAAAGAUUAUCAUUUUAGUCACAGGUGACAAUAGGGUUGUGGCAUUCAAUAGACAUCAUAACGAGAGGUGUUACCAAUUGGACAAUGUCAGCAAAUUCAGCGAUGUGCUUCAGUUGAAUUUCUUUGACAUAGAACAAUCUCCACCGGAUCCUUUUAUCAAGCAAGUAAUCUUGAAUGAGCUAGGAGACAAGGACCAUAAGGAAGAGUAUUUAACGUUGUUGACCAUUGGCGGUGAGGUGUUGAUGUACAAGUUAUUCUAUGAUGGAGAAAACUACUUGUUCAAAAAGGAAAAGGAUUUGAAGAUUACUGGUGCUCCGGAAAACGCAUUCAAUUUGGGAACCAUGGUUGAGAGAAGAUUGGUGUACUUCCCAAAUUUGAAUGGAUACACAAGCAUUUUUGUGACUGGUGUUAUCCCCUUUCUUAUUAUUAAAUCGUGUCACUCCAUACCCAGAAUAUACCAAUUUUCCAAAAUUCCUGCAGUCUCGAUAUCUGCAUUUUCAGAUUCCAAGAUCAAGAAUGGGCUUAUAUUCCUAGACAAUAAUCAAAAUGCGCGCAUUUGUGAGUUGUCUUUGGAAUAUAAUUAUGAGUUCAACUUACCCAUCAGGAGAGUCCCCAUUGGUGAGCUGAUUAAAUCGGUAGCUUUUCACGAACUGUCAGAGACUGUGGUUAUAUCCACUUUCAAGGAAAUUCCUUACGAAUGCGUAGAUGAAGAAGGUAAGCCCAUUGCGGGAGUCUUGGACGAUAAACCCCCAGCAACUUCAUUCAAGGGAUCCAUCAAGUUGAUAUCUCCCUAUAAUUGGAAGGUUAUCGAAACGGUUGAAUUGCAAGAUAAUGAAGUUGGCAUGUCUGUCAAAUCAAUGGUACUUGACGUUGGGUCAUCAAUCAAAAAAUUCAAAACUAAACGCGAGUAUAUCGUUGUUGGUACAGGGAAAUUGCGAAUGGAGGAUCUCGCCGCAAAUGGGUCAUUCAGGAUAUACGACGUCAUUGACAUCAUCCCUGAACCAGGCAAACCUGAAACAAAUCACAAGUUCAAGGAGAUUUUCCAAGAGGAUACCAGAGGAGCGGUGACUAGUAUUUGUGACUUGAGUGGCAGAUUCUUGGUCGGACAAGGACAGAAGGUGAUUGUGAGAGAUUUGGAAGAUGAUGGCGUGGUUCCAGUUGCGUUUUUGGAUACACCAGUAUACGUCUCAGAGGCAAAAAGCUUUGGAAAUCUUUUCCUUUUGGGUGAUCCUUUGAAAAGCAUUUGGCUUGCUGGAUUUGAGGCUGACCCUUUUAGAAUAGUUAUGCUUGGAAAAGAUAGACAACAUCUCCAUGCCGAAUGUGCUGACUUCAUUGUUAAGGACGAGGAGAUAUUUGCUUUGGUGGCGGAUAUAAACAAUUGUUUACAUUUAGUUCAAUUUGAUCCAGAUGAUCCCAAAUCUAUAAAUGGAACAAUUCUAAUCAACAAGGCAUCCUUUGAGACUAAUUCGCAAACCACGUGUUUGCGUUCCGUUCCUAAAGGUGAAUCGGGUGACUAUCAAACAAUUGGUUCGACUAUAGAUGGUGCGUUUUACAAUGUAUUCCCCGUUAACGAGUCAACUUAUAGAAGAAUGUAUAUUGUUCAGCAACAAAUUUCAGACAAGGAGUAUCAUCAUUGUGGGUUGAAUCCGAGGUUGAAUCGGUACGGUAGCUUACAAAUUCGCGAUAACGAAACCAAUACCAAACCUAUAUUGGACUACAAUUUGAUCAAGGAGUUUGCCAAGUUGCAUAUUGAUAGGCAGAAAAACAUCGCAACAAGAAUCAACAUCAAAGGUUUAGCUCACGAUAUUUGGAAGGAUCUAAUUGAGUUUGAGUACUCCUUGGAGGAUUUUUAG